CUACAGUAUAAUUAAAAUUAUAAUCGGUUCAUAUUUCAAAAUCCUGAACAAAGAGAAUUAUUCUAAAAUGGAGAUAACAUAAUAUUGAGUUGAUUACAAAUAUAAAGAUAUAUUGUUUAUUUCCAUAAAGUUUCUCAUUAUAUCUAUUACUGUGAGAACAACCUUACUUAAAAUACAAUCACGUAAAAAAUAUCGCAUUAUCAUGAUUUAUGAUAAUUGCAAUGACAUAGAAUAACUAUUAGCCAUUAAAACUUCUUGCAGUUCUCGUGUGAAUUUCAACCUAGUUGCACCUGGUCAGUUAAUGAGCAAUGUCAGCUACUCUGGCUCAAGUCCAACAUUAAAACAUUUAUCACGGUUUGUUCAGUUGCUAGUACAUGUCGAGCUACAUCUAACUAUUGUUGAUGUUGUCUUGCCAUUACAUGUCCUCUUUAUCAAGUUUCUAGUUUAAAAAUCUAUUGUCUGCAGCACUAUUUUCGACAGCCGAGCCUCCAUUGGCCAUCCAUCAUAUCCUCUGGUCUCUCGAAUUCUCGCAUCUACCUGGUACACAGUUAACUGUUUCAUUUCCAGUAAAUUGGCAGCGUACCACUAAAUGCGCCCGAAUGCAAUAAUAGCAAUUAUUCUAAAAAUUUGCUCUCUUCUUCAAUUUGAAUUUCUGUUUACACGUUCUCCCAUAAUCAAUAUUAAUUUAAGGAAACCAAGCUAUUUACUCUCAUUCUGUCCCGAACAAAAACUGAUAAGAAGCAAAAUCCAAUAAAAUUGCUCUUAAAUCUACCGGAGCUAUAGAUAAACAUUUAUGAAUAAAGUUACCUAUAGUUUCAUGUACGUUCCGUUUAUUACUAUGUCAGUUUUUAAAGCAUUGCGUUGGAAUAUCCGAACCUAUAUGUGAUAUGUUAUCAUAACCAUAAAUAUUGUGACUACUAAUUAAAAUAAAUGCUUUUUAAACUCAUGCUCAUAAUUUCAAGCAAAAGUGCUACUCAACCUAAUGAAAAUCGAUUCGCAUUUAAAACUGAAGUUCAGUCCAUUGGUCCAUGGUAUUAAGUGUCUUAUUUUCUGUGUUCGGACAGUCAAUCGAAGAUAACACGAUAAAUCAAGAAAACACCGCAAAGAUUACAUUGUUAAUAGCUGCAAUGAAAAAUUUAACUGAUAUGGAUAACAUUACAGCCGACACUGAUUUGGAAUAUCAUUUCAAAACUGAAGAUUUAGUUGCCGAAGGCAGAACUUCUAGAGAAAAUAUGGAAGAAAUAAGGACUUUUGUGUCAAAUCUGGAUGACAAAUAUGUUCCUACGAGAAUACAGGAUGAAAUCAUCUUAAUUUUUUUGAUAUCUUGUGCGAAUGAUGUAGCACUUACCAAAAAAACUAUAUUAUCGUAUUAUUAUUUAAAGAAACAUGGUCCUGAAAUCUAUGAUGACAGGGAUCUCAAUCGAAGUGAUAUACAACUAGCACUAAAUACAAUACAUAUGUCAAGCAUACCAGUACGAACAGAUGACAAUGAUGUGAUACACUACUUUAAUAUACAUGAUACAAACUAUCGAAAUUUUGAGUUGGUGCCUAUAAUGAAAGUGUCUUAUAUGUUAAUGGAUGUAGCUCAUGAAAAGAAUCCCCCUAACGGAUUGAUCGUAUUAAUCGAUAUGAAAGGUCUCAGUCUAAUGCACAUGACAAGAUUGAAAAUGGGAGCAAUCAAAAAAUAUUUGAGUUUCCUACAAGAAGGGUUUCCUAUGAGAUUGAAAGUGAUACAUUUGAUAAAUUCUGUAUAUUUUAUGGACAAACUACUUGCAAUACUGAAAGUAUUUAUGAAAAGUGAACUUAUGAGUAUGCUACAUAUACAUCCACCUGGCUUGAAAGAAGAAGAACUUUUCAAGUUAAUACCAAAAAACUGCUUACCUAUGGAAUAUGGGGGCGACCUUCCAUCUGAAAGUGAACUUCACCAGAAAACUAUAGAGCAAUUUAGAUCUAAGCAAACAUUUUGGGACGUGGAAGAGAAAUUGAGGAAGCUGGCAUAUAAAGAUUGAAUAAAACCUUUUUCGUAUAUUCUGCUUUUGACUGCUAAUAAACGUGUUAAAUAUGUUUCAUACUUAA